UCCAUAUCCCUCAGUCGUUGGAGGAGUUAAAGCGCCAGAUUCUCCUUUUCAGAACUUGAGGGUGUCAAGUGUAUCUGAGGUUUGAGUCAGAGCCACCAUUUCAGUUAUGCUGGAGCUUUGAUUCCUGUUCAGGCAAAAAAACUUUGAUGUUGAACAUGGCUGAUAAAGAUGGAUGGGAGGAGGACCCUGCGGAGUAUUGUCCAGGUGGAUAUCAUCCGGUUCAGAUCGGUGAGAUGCUCAACAGACGAUAUCAAGUCAUACACAAGGUUGGGUGGGGAUAUUUCUCCACCGUGUGGCUGUGCCGUGACCUCCAAAAGAAGAAGCGCGUCGCAGUGAAAAUAACGAAAAGCGGAAGAAAGUUUAGCGAGACGGCUCAGGAUGAAAUUUCACUGCUGAAUUGUGUUAAUGGCGCUCGUAAGAAGGAGUCCCAAGGAGAAAAUAUCAUCCGCUUUCUGGACGACUUUAAACUGAUUGGAGAGAAUGGGCUUCAUGCAUGUCUGGUGUUUGAGCUGCUGGGACCGUCUCUGCUGCAUCUGAUGAGGAAUCACGGAUCGGAUGGGCUUCCCAUGACGUGUGUGAAGCGGAUCCUGCAGCAGGUGCUCCAAGGUCUGAACUUCUUGCACAAGAAAUGCCGUAUAAUCCACACAGACAUUAAACCAGAAAACAUCCUCGUGUGUGUGAACACCGACAACCUGCAGCAAUACAUGUCUGCGGCGGCGGCCUGGACCCAAAACAGAACGCAGGACGCCAAAAUGCAAGGAGUAGAUGUAAACUUCUUAACUCAUCUGUUCGAAACUGGGAACGUCGACAUGUUGGGAGUCAAAAUCGCAGAUCUAGGCAGCGCAUGUUGGACCUAUAAACCCUUUUCGGAGGAGAUCCAGACCCAGCAGUACCGAGCCCUAGAAGUCCUGCUGGGUUCAGGAUACAGCACCCCCGCAGAUAUAUGGAGCACGGCAUGCAUGGCCUUUGAAAUGGCUACCUCGUUCUACCUGUUUGAGCCUCAUGCCGGAGAAACAUUCUCAAGAAAUGACGAUCACAUCGCUUGUAUUAUCGAACGUCUUGGUCGCAUACCACCAAAAAUUGCUUCCUCUGGGAAGAAUUCGUCAGCCUUUUUCAACAAGCAAGGUGACCUCCUGAGGAUCCCUUAUCUGCUCCCGUGUGGUCUUUAUGACACGUUGGUGCACAGGCACAAGUGGCAGAAGAACGAGGCUCUUAUUUUUGCCGGUUUCCUCCUUCCGAUGCUGGAAUACGCGCCUCAGAAACGAGCCACCGCUGAAAAAUGUCUACAGCAUCCGUGGCUGCAACCCUGAAGAAGACCUCACACUAUUCCCUGAACAUUCAGAUUUUUUUUACAUGUAGAUUAUCUCCGAGUCUUUAAAUAAACCUUUGUCACUAUAA